AUGGAGGCCAGAGAUAAGCAGGUUCUCCGCUCCCUUCGGCUGGAACUGGGGUCAGAAGUUCUUGUGGAUGGACUCAUUCUUCAAUAUCUCUACCAGGAAGGGAUCUUGACAGAAAACCAUGUUCAGGAAAUCAGAGCCCAGUCCACAGGUCUCAGGAAGACCAUGAUGCUGCUGGAUAUUUUACCUACACGAGGACCCAAAGCCUUUGACACCUUCCUCGAUUCCCUGCAGGAAUUUCCCUGGGUGAGGGAGAAGCUGGAGAAAUCACGAGAGGAAGCCGUCCAAGAGCCGCCAAGUACAGGUAACCAAGCAAGUCAAAUCCCUCCCCAUGUUCUGACAAGCUCCCCCUCUGAUCAGCAGAUUAACCAGCUGGCCAGGAAGCUGGGCCCUGAGUGGGAGCCCGUCGCGCUGUCCCUGGGUCUGUCACAGAGAGACAUCUACCGCUGCAAGGUCAACCAUCCCUACAAUGUGCAGUCCCAGAUCGUGGAGGCCUUUGUCCAGUGGAGGCAGAAGAACGGGAGCCAGGCGACCAUCCAGAGCUUGCAGAAGGGGCUGGUGGCCAUGGAUGUGGACCCUUCCGUGCUCCAGCACAUGUUAGAGUAAACCACUUUGCCAUCCCUUUCUCGGCUCCUCAGUGAAUCCAAUGUGCUGAGCCAUUAGACUUUGCUUUAAGGCAGGUGUCUUACAGUGUUUUCUUUUUUCAUUUUUCUGUAGACGAAGUGGAAUGAGUGGCUCGACUUGACAGCUUACUUUUAAGACCAGAUCUCUUAAGAGAUCUUAGCUGUUUACUGAAAUUUUCAUUUUAAAAAAUUGCACGAGGCAACGAUUGAUUUUUGACUGUUGAGAGAUCACUGGGUUUCUUUUUCAAAUGCAACAUCCCUAUCACAAAUAUAGACACCCUGUACUCAAGAUGUUUUCUUUGCAUUGGCUGAGAAGGAAAUACAGACUUUGCUGUCCAUUAUAAUUAUGAUAGGAACAUUAUAAGUCCUGCUUUUACCAGUAAAAAAAGGAAUUCUUACCAUAACAAGCCCUCCCCCAGAAGUCAUUGGAGUUUUUUCCCCCUCCUGAGACUAAAUAGGUUAAGAAAGCAAAAUUACCAUAACUAAUGAGACUUCCAGAGAGACCAUAUGAUGUAGGGAAUAGAGCUGAUGGCUUUGGAGUCUGGGAGACCUGAUUUCAAGUCCUGACCAGAGCUGGCUAUAUGACCCUGGGUAAGUCACUACAAUCUAUCCAUAUCCCCAGGGAAUUCUCUGUGAUUACACAUUGCAGAGAAGGUACUGGUCUACAUUAAAAACAAAAACAAACAACAAAAAAAAACAACCAGAUCCAGUAAAAAAAAAACCAUUACUUUUUCAGGUAUAAUAGAUAGAAGUUAUUGAAUCAAUGAACAUUUAUUAGAUGUUUUUAUGUGCCAGCUAAGCUGUGUAACUUUGGACAAAUCCCUUUCUCGGCCUCAGUUUUCUCCUCUUAAAAUGAAUAGGUUGGUCUUUAUGAAGAACCCUUUCUGCCUCUGCAUCUGUAAUCCUCUGAGACAUCCUACUUGGCACUGGGGAAAGGGGAAAAUCAAAGUCUGGGCCCUUAAGGAGGGAAGGGGAACAAGAUCAACAUGUGCGUAGCUAAAUAAAUACAAAUAAACAUCACGGUGGAGAGAGUACUGGGUCUGACCUCAGGAACUUCCCAUGUUCGAAUCCUGCCUCAGAUACUUUCCUGACUGGGGGACUCUGGGAAAGUCAUUUAACCUCUGCCUGCCUCCAUUUGCUCAUCUAUGAAAUGGGGAUAAUAACAGCCUCUCCCUCCCCCAGGAGGCUGUGAGGAAUAAGUGAGAUAAUAGUCAGAGGAAAGAGUCAUUUCUUUCUUUAAAAACAAAACAAAACAAAACAAAAACUCUUACCUUUUACCUUCAGAUC